UUAUGUUACACUGUUUCAGUUAAUUCGUUCUCUUUCACGUUUCUAUCGACGAGAGAGACCGAUUAUGAUAACUUUGAUAACUUUUAUUAAAAAAUAUACCCAACAGAGAGAGAGAGAGAGAGAGAGAGAGAGAGAGAGAGAGAGAGAGAGAGAGAGAGAGAGAGAGAGAGAGAGAGAGAGAGAAAGAGAAGAAUAGAGAUCGACUCUCUCCUUUUUAACUUUCAAUAUAUUUUAUCAUAAUAAAAUCGUUUAUCAUAAGUAAAAUGAAAACAUAAUUUUCUUUUUAUAUUUUUCUUUUUCUUUUUAAUAUAUUAACAUUACUUUUGGUUUUCCAACGAUUUGAUUUCUUUUUGUUUUUUUCUUGACGAUGAUCUAUAUGAAACUGAUGAACCAACUUUCAUUUACUUUUGAUUGAUAUGCAUAAAUAAUAAUAGGUUUUAGUAUGAUAAAUGCAAUACAGAACGUUGCACCUAACAAUCCACACUCCGAGUCACGGUUACAUUUGUACAGACGUAUGAUGGACAGCUCUACACUCACCCAAGCAGUCGAGCACCCGAGCGAGCAUCAACUGUUGUAAUGAAGAGAAGGGAGAAAGUUGCAUCGGUAUAUAAACUCUUGGCCGUGACUUUGAAAGUACCAAAGAGACGGUGAAACAUACAGUGAACGGAUUUGCGGGAGUGCUACCUUCGCGCAAGUCAUUUGGAAAGAUGAAACUUUUCGUGAGUAAUCAAAUCUAAUUUUCGAUAAUAAAUUCAAUUAUAUCAAUUAUCAAUAAUUAAUAAAUACUUGAUAUUGAAAGAAAUUUAUUAAUAGUGAGUCAUCGUAAUCUUUUAAAUUUACAAGUAUUCAUUAAUAAUUAUAAUUUUUCAUUGAUAAUAUAUCUUUGCGAAUUAGAUUUUAGCCAGUAUGGUGGUUGCUGUUUGGGCCGGUUACGAUGAAGACCAUGGUGGUUCUACCUAUCACGAAACUUCUAAAACCGUGGAAAUACCGAUCUAUAAGAAGUACGCUAUACCGAUUCCACACCCAGUACCAGUUGCUAUACCACAGCAGAUUAAAGUACCGAUACCACAACCGUAUCAGGUACAGGUACCAGUACCACAUCCGGUGCCUGUGGAAGUAGUUAAACACGUUGAGAUUCCUGUAGAAAAGCCUGAACCAUACGUGGUUGAAAAGAAGGUACCAUACGUAGUCGAGAAGCCUUAUGCAGUAACAGUCGAGAAACAUUUUCCAGUACCGAUACCAAAACCAUAUCCGGUCCAUGUGCCAGUUUAUAAGCAUGUUUUCCAUCAUCAAAGUAAAGGACAUGGUUGGAAACAUUGACGUGAAGGGGCACGUAAACUGGACAAAUUUAUUGCCAAAAAGGAUAUGUUAAUUAAAUUAAAGAAAAAAAAAGAAGAUUAAAAAUAGCCUUACGCGUUACUCGAGUAACUUAUAGUUCAAAAUAUAUUUAAUAAGUGUUACGUUUUGUAAAUAAUGAUUUUACUUGUUUUCUAUACAAUGUAUCUUUGUUUCUUUGUUAAAUAAAAAUUGUUUAGUUGUA